AUGACCGAACCAUCGUUCUUGACGCCAUUCGACGACGGAAAGAGGAAGCGUAGGCAAAGCGCCUUCAAGGUCGUCAGUGAUGAUGUCGAUACCGAAGGUUUGGACUUAUCUUCAGCUCUGGCUGAUAUCAGUGCAAUACACUCUGAAACUCUCCAAUACUCCCAUUUGCUGAGUAGAGGCUUUACAGGACCGCAUUCAGAUCUCAUGGAUGUCGUUCGAAGUGGCAUAAACAUGUACUUCAGUGCAAUCAGUGACAAGGUCAGAGACGAUGCCCGAGCACGAAACUCCCUACAAAUCCACGAGAAGCAUAACCAUACUGGAUCUUGGAUAGAUCCCAUCACUGUUGGCUUUUCUAAGCCGCUAGGCCAUCAGUGUCAUAGAUCCAUUGUCGCUCAUCACGAUGAGGAAGAUGGAGAACAGACUUUCUGGAGACGAACGGAUUCAGGUAACGGUGGUGAUACUUGGCAACAGGUCUCUAACGACGCUGACAUCAAGUUUGCUGACAGUGUCCAUUCCGAAGAUGGUACUUCGGAGAUUGAUUCUGUAAGAGGAAAUUAUCAACCUGCCUCUCCGACCUGGGCCUCUGUCUCUGAUACAGAUGUAGCGCACGGAGGUGAUCUCUCUUAG